GUAAAAGUGAAAGCAGAGGCCAUUUCCUCAUUCACAGUCCCAUGUGAUGAGCCUGGCAGGGUAAACCAAACUCCUUCUCGGCAUGCAGUCAGAGCAGGAGGGGUGUUAGGGUUCACUUGGGAGCCAACCUUGGGAGGAGAAUUUGAGGGAAUUCUUGCUGCCUGCUGAUCAGUUCAGGAUUCCUGCCUAGAAAUCUCCACCAGGCGAACUCCCAUCAGCUAAGCAGAAUGAAGCUGUUGGUUUGUAUCUUCUUGGCCUCUCUUGCUGCUGCUGCUACUGCACAUCUACACUCAGACCCGACGCUGGAUAACCACUGGGAGCUCUGGAAGAAAACCUAUGGCAAGCAAUACAGCCACAAGAAAGAGGAAGGGGAACGGCGUGUGACCUGGGAAAAGAACCUCAAGCUCGUUAUGCUGCAUAACCUCGAGCACUCUCUGGGGCUGCAUUCCUAUGAGCUGGGCAUGAACCACCUGGCAGACAUGACCAGCAAGGAAGUGGCUGCUUUGUUAACUGGAGUGAAAAUUCCCCACCGACCUGACCGGAAUUCCACCUACAGGCCACGCCCUGGCAGCAAAGUGCCUGACUCCAUGGACUGGAGGGACAAAGGAUGUGUUACGGAUGUGAAAUAUCAGGGAGCCUGUGGCGCCUGCUGGGCUUUCAGUGCUGUCGGUGCCCUAGAAGCCCAGGUGAAACUGAAAACUGGAAACCUGGUGUCUCUCAGCGCACAGAAUCUAGUCGACUGUUCCACUACGUACGGGAACUAUGGCUGCAGUGGCGGAUAUAUGACCAACGCCUUCCAGUACAUCAUUGAUAAUCACGGCAUUGAUUCGGAUGCUUCCUAUCCGUACACAGCUCAGAAUGGAACAUGUCAUUAUAACCCUGCCACGCAAGCCGCCACCUGCUCCAAGUUUGUUGAGCUCCCGUAUGCCAAUGAAGCAGCCCUGAAGGAUGCCGUCGCCAAUAUCGGACCUGUGUCUGUCAUCAUAGAUGCUAGACAGCCUUCGUUUUUCCUGUAUAAGUCAGGAGUCUACGAUGAUCCACGUUGCACUGAUGGCAUGAAUCAUGCGGUUCUAGUUAUUGGCUAUGGCGCCCUGGAUGGGAAGGACUUUUGGCUUGUGAAAAACAGCUGGGGUGUAAAGUUCGGUGACAAAGGGUACAUUCGAAUGUCCAGGAAUAAAGGAAACCAAUGUGGGAUUGCCAGCUACGGUUCUUAUCCACAAAUAUAGAGGGACACUCUGCUUCAGAAUGCGCUCUGGAAACGUGGUCUCUUAAACUGCUAAUCUUAGCCUUGCUGUAAUCUAACUGCUCUGUUUGAGAACAAUGUAGAUGCUCUAAUGGCAAAAUCCUCCCAUCAGAUCCACCUGACGGACCUGAGAAAAGCAGCUGAAAUGAUGAAUGAUCAUGAUUGGCCUGGUCCAGAAUUUGGGCACUUUUAGCUCACUCUCCCUGUCCCACAGAGGUGUUUGUAAUUGAUUAAUGUCUACGCAUUGCUUUGCGCAUGUGAACUGCUAUUUCAGUGCCAGGUAUUGUCACUGCCGCUGUCUCAAAAUGUGUUGGAGUGAAGGCCGUGUCGCUAAUCCACGCCGUUUGUGGAGCAGUAGAGUUGCCAAAGCCACAUCAGAGGUGGAGAGGCGAAGUAGAUGGAUCAACACAUCCCUAGCCACAUAUAUCAAUUUUCCACAAUACAGGUCACAAAACACUCAUUAGCAAUCCGGGAGAUCAAGCAAACUAUGGACAUUCCUUGCAGGGGGUAAAGUGUUUUUCAUGGCUGCACAAAAUUGGGUUGGUAUCUUAUGCACACCAGCAGUCAGAAACCACGGAGAAGCCCAGCCACGGAACAAAGUGCUGCUGCUGUUAUAAAAUGUGUCCUGAGUGAAGUCAGCCUUUGCCACCUGCAGCGCUUGGACCAAGGACAUGGUGCAGAGAUGAAAGGCCUGAUUCUCUCUUCCACUGCACAGCCAUUUACACCUGUGCAAAGUAGGUGUAUAAUGUUGCUAAAUCAGAAUAGCAGCAGUUUUCAGCCGAGGUUUACAUGACUGUAGAUGAUGCACAGUAGCAGGGAGUCAGGCCCAAAGGCUGUAAAUGUAGCUGCAGGUAUGGGAUGAGUGACUGAAUGAGCAAGAAUGCAGGGAAAGGGUGAACCUGGAAUCCACACCCCCAGCUGCAAGUGCCAGCACAGCACGGGGAAUCACAUCUGCUGCCCUGCUCUCCUCCACAGGCCGCGGGGGAGCCCUGCUUCUGGAUCUGACUUACUUUGCCCUACUUCGGAAUAGGAUUUGCAGACACCUAUUGACUGAAUCCUUGUGGGAUACAGUUUGAGUGAGGUCACACAUCUCUACAGCACAUGAAAUUCAUUCUCUUCUCUCCAAUUCAGCAGUGAGGUUGCUAUGACGAUUCAGAUCUAAUCUCAUCUGUACACAAUGCUUGUAAUAGAAAUUACACAUCCUCUUCCAAAAGGAAAAAAAUAUAUUCAAUUGUCUGAGAGGUUUAGGCUCAGUCUGUUCAGCAGGGCAAGGUGUGGGAUACUUAGCGAGCAACAGAAAUUCAAAGCCACACUGACUACAGAUGAAACAAACUCUCAGGUCCUGAUGCUUCAAAAUCUAAUUCAUGAGGUUGGAGCCCCGAAUCUCUGCAAAGCCCUAAGAGGGCUCCAUAUGGGCAUACGGGUCCUUUUGAAUUAAUCAGGUUACAAGGUCAGGGGUAUAGUUAAUUGAAGGGAAGCCAUUAAAAAUGUGGGAUCCAUUAGUGUGUUGCAGGGCCAGGUGGAAAAACAAUCAAUGGUGGGACAUGAGUGAGAAAUCACAUCUUUGUGAAAAUUUAACCAGUUGGGGAGCUUGUCCCCAGUUAUUUCCUUAUCUUUGUGGCUGGUUUUAGCAAAAUAUAAUCCAUCAGUUGCAAAAAACCCAAAAAACAACAACCCAACAAACCCAGAAAAAAACCUACUAAUGGAUGAAUUUGGAACAACUGAGCAACGCUGAUUUCGUGAAAUAUCAUGAGAUUUGCAACCAGCACCAAAGCAUUUCUUGCCCUGGGCUAAAUUUGCAGUUGUACUUGGGAGGUUCCAUGUGGCUGUCUUGUGUCACUGCUUCCCCUCGUUUGGGG